AUGAAAUUGAAAAAUUUAUUAAAUAUUUAUAAUUUAAAUUAUAAAUAUCAAUAUAAAAAUAAAAUAAAUUUGUAUUUAAUAAGAAAUGGAUUAAAUAAAAAUUUAAUUAAAAAUUUAUCUAAUAAUAUUUUUUUAUAUUCUUUUAUAUAUAAAUUUAAAAUAUAUUCCUUAAAAAUAUUAAAUAUAUUAAAAUUUCCUGAUUGGAGUUUUUUUGAUUGUCCUAAUAUAAAUUAUGAUAAUAUAAUUUAUUAUUCUUCUAUUUUAAAAGAUAAUAAUUUAAUAAAUUAUUUAAAGAAAAAUUUAAAUAUAAAAUUUUUAAAUAUUAUUACAAUAAAAAAUAAUUCUAUAGAUGUAAUUUUUGAUAGUAUAUCAAUAUUAAAUACAACACAAUAUUAUUUAAAAAAAUUAGGUAUAAUUUUUUUACCUUUAUUUGAUGUUAUAUAUAAAUAUCCUUUAUUGAUAAAAAAAUAUUUGGGUACAGUUGUUUCUUAUAAAGAUAAUUUUUUUGCAAAUAUAAAUUCAAUUAUUUUUAGUGAAGGAUCUUUUUGUUAUAUUCCAAAAUAUAUAAAAUGUACUUUUAAUUUAUCAACUUAUUUUAAAACUAAUUCUUCAGAUUUUGCACAAUUUGAACGUACUUUAUUAAUUGUAAAUGAAUAUUCAUCUAUAAUAUAUUUAGAAGGAUGUAUAGCUCCUAUUUAUAAAGAAUCUCAAUUACAUGUAGCUAUUGUAGAAAUAAUUGUAAAAAAUAAUAGUUAUGUUAAAUAUUAUACUUUACAAAAUUGGUAUAGAGGUGAUUAUUUAGGUAAUGGAGGUUUAUAUAAUUUUACAACUAAACGUGGAUUAUGUUUAAAUUAUGCAAAAUUAGAUUGGAUACAAAUAGAAAUAGGUUCAAUUAUUACUUGGAAAUAUCCUUCAACUAUUUUAAAAGGAAAUUUUUCAAUUAGUAAUUUUUAUUCUAUAUCUUUUAUAUCUUGUAUGCAAAUAGCAGAUACUGGUAGUAAAAUGUAUCAUAUAGGAUCUAAUACUAAAAGUUAUAUAAUUUCAAAAAGUAUUUCUUUAAAUAAUUCUUUAAAUAUAUUUAGAGGUUUAGUAUAUAUAAAACCCUUAUCAUAUAAAUCUUAUAAUUAUACAGAAUGUAGUUCAUUAAUAUUUGGUAAUAAUUCUUUAACAGUAACUAUUCCUUAUAUAAAAAAUUAUAAUAAUACAAGUAUUAUUAAACAAGAAGCAUUUAUUUCUAAAAUAGAAAUUAUAUAUUUAUUUUUAUUAAUGCAACGUGGAUUAAAUAUUUCAGAAUCUAUUUCUUUGUUAGUUAUAGGAUUUUGUUCUGAUAUUUAUAAUAAAUUACCUUUUGAAUUUAAUUUAGAAAUUCCUUUAUUAUUUUCUUUAAAAUUAAAAGAUAUAUUUAGUUAA